UAGAGCUUAUAGCAUAUUGCUCCAAAUAAUAAAGAGGACUUCCAUUUUUAUUUUUUUUAAUUGAAAAAUGGAGCAAACAAUUGAGAAUGAAAUUGCUGACUCAAAUGCAAAGAAUGUAGAGUGGUUUGAAGAGUCUCUUGGAGUAGAUCUCAAAUGGUCUUUAGCCAUAAACAGUGUCUUGUACAAAGCAACCACCAAGUUUCAAGAUGUGACACUUUUAGACACAAAGCACUUUGGAAAGGUUUUGGUGAUAGAUGGAAAAAUGCAGAGUGCUGAAAAAGAUGAGUUUAUAUACCAUGAAAGCUUGAUUCAUCCUGCUCUCUUGCUUCACGACAAUCCAAGAAGAGUGUUUAUCAUGGGGGGAGGAGAAGGGUCAGCUGCGAGAGAGGCUCUUAAACAUGACAACAUUCUCAAAGUUGUCAUCUCUGAUAUUGAUCAAGAAGUUGUGAAUAUUUGCCGCAAACACCUUGUGGCAAAUCAAGAAGCUUUUGCUGAUAGUAGGCUUCAUGUCAUCAUCAAUGAUGCCAAGGUGGAGCUGGAGAAGAGUGAUGAGUAUAAUAAGUAUGAUGUGAUAGUUGGAGACUUAUCUGAUCCAAAGGAAGGAGGGCCUUGCAAUCAUCUUUACCUUAAAUCUUUUUACCAACAUAUUAUUAAGCCCAAACUUAAUCACAAUGGAAUCUUUGUCACUCAGGCUGGUUUUGCUGGAGUUCUCUCACAUCAAGACUUUUUCUCAUCAGUUUACAAUACUGCUAAACAAGUCUUCAACCAUGUUAUAGCUUACACCGCUCAUGUUCCAUCUUUGGCUGAUACACGUGGAUGGGUUUUGGCUUCAGAUCAACCAUUGAAACUAGAUGCUGAGGUAAUUAACAACAGGAUUAAAGAGAGGAUUAAAGGAUCAGAGUUGCAAUUUAUUGAUGCUGCUUUCAUGCUUGCUUUUACCAUUAUGAACAAGACUCUUCAUAUAACGCUCAUGAAUGAGACUAAUGUUUUAACAGAAGAGAAUGACAAGUCCCUCCAUGGCAAUUGAUUGCUUGCUGCUGACAUCUACCAAUAAAGUCUAAAAAUUUAGUUAGUUUCUAUGAACUCUCUCUCUCUAUAUAUAUAUAUUAUGCGCUAACAGAUGAUAAAUUUUUCUUUAAGCAGUAAUAUUUGUUGUCGCAACAAUAUUUAGCGGUAAUUAAGUUGAUACUCUUGUAUCCAGAGUCACUAAAAUCUUUAGUGACAUUUAUAAAGAGUGUUGGUCAUUUAUAUUAUUACUAAGUAGAAUAUAUUGACAUUUGUAUUAUUAGCGGCAAAAUUCUUUUUAUUUAA